AUGCAACGUGCGGGUUUGCUCAUCUUCGCCUGCCUUCUGACGGCUUCUUACCAGAAGUCGACACCUGCAGAUGACAGCUAUGUAGCGGCCGUGGUGGAGUACGAAGUGAACAGCAAUGUCACUACCAACAUUCAAAAUUAUGUGAAUCUGAUAAAAGAGGCUGCGGAUCAGAAUGCAGACAUAAUAGUGUUCCCCGAGAUGACCCUAACGCGUGGACAGCGCCGUGUUUUGAUUCCGUUUCACGGCAUCCUCAAGCAGUUCCCGGUGCCCGCAACCCGCCCCGAUUUAUACGAUGAGAUCCUAGUGAGUAUUUCGCAGGCGGCGCUCGAUCAUCAAAUCUACGUGGUGAUAAACGUCCAAGAGCUGAUGGACUGCAAUGACGCGUCCGAAGAAUAUUGUCCAGAGCCUAAAGAGUACUUGUUCAACACGAACGUCGUGUUCGACAGGACUGGUUCCGUAAUUGACAGAUACCGCAAAAUUAACUUGUUCGGCGAGUUUACGCGCACGCCGGCUUUGAAGCCCGACCUGGGCGUGUUCAGCACCGAUUUCGGCGUCACCUUCGGCCACUUCAUCUGCUUCGACCUCAUGUUCCAGGUGCCGGCUGUUCAAGUGGUGGAGAAGCACAACCUCACAGAUAUAGUGUUUACCACAAUGUGGUUUUCUGAGUUGCCAUAUCUUACUGCUGUCCAAAUCCAACAAGCGUACGCCUAUGCAAAGAACGUCAAUUUUCUUGCGGCUGGAGCGAACAACGUAAGAGCAGGAAGUGCUGGUUCUGGCAUUUAUUCUGGAGAAGCUGGCACUCUGGUCAGUGUGAUGCCAGGCGUACCCACCACGCGUCUGUUAGUGUCUAAAGUGCCCAAAACACCAGGAAAGGUUAAAGAACCUUAUCCAGGUCCGAUUAGUGAUGAUCCAAAAUCCAUGGAUAAUCUGGUGCUGAUCAGUGACCCAUCGCUGCCGUCCCACGUCAGCCGCCCCCUCGUGCAGGGCUCUCAAGAGUUCGUACUUACCACGAAGGAGGUCUCGUGCAAAUUCAGGGUCAAGCUGCGAUUUAGAAAUGGGGAACAGGGAGCGCAUUUCAGGGCUAUGGUGAAGGAUGGUAUCAAUACUUAUUCUCGCCGAGAUCUGGGUGUAGCAGCGUGUUUAGUGACAGCGUGUAGAAACGACACAGCAGAAAGCUGCCCUUACAGAUUCAACAAAGGCGAAGAGAACGUUGAGAUAGAAGAACUGGCAAUAGAGAUGACGACGUACCGCCUCCACUACAACACAAGUCUGCAAUGCGAUGACAUCGUUUACUUUCCAAUAUCGUUUAGAAAUAACAAAUUUCCGUUAAGUGCCAAAAAUUUCACAUUCACGAUCUCCCCGAAGAUGGCAACGGGAGAGAGUUACAACUUGAAGAGUAGAUUAGGACAGAAGGAGCACUUGUCUUACCAACUGAACGCACCGCAGACUGACCUCGUUGCGUUUGGAGUAUGGGGCAGGAUUUACAACAGAGACGUCGAUUUCAACAAGCCCACUACUGCGGAAGACCUACAGAACUAUUUGGAGAUAGAGGACUGGAUUUACAAGAGGGAUAAGAAAGACAAU